AUGGAAAACGUGAUUUUAUCCACAGAACAGCUCGAUGCUAUUGGUGGAGAGGAUUGCGAGCUAAAAAAUUAUCUUUUGGGAACGUUUCCAUGCGACAAAUUACCGACUAAACCACAGCGUCAAUCCCCUCAAGCACACAUAGUCAAUACGGAUCCAGAUGGAAUGCCAGAAAGACAUUGGUUAGGGAUAUGGACAGAAAACAAUGCUUGUGAACUUUUAGGUAGUUAUGCCCUACCCAUAGCCACAUAUGAAACUAUGAAACCAUUAGAGAAGUGGAUGAAACAUUGGCACUCUGUGAUAAAAAAUAAGAAAUCGCUUCAGUCAUUAGCUUCAACUACUUGUGGUGAUUAUGCCAUGCUAUAUAUACCAUAUAAAGUAAGCAGACAUACCAUGGAGGAGUUUUUAGAUAUGUUUUCAGAUCACUAGUAUUUACAUAACGAUAUCAAAGUAGGACAUAUGUUAACCAAUGUAAUUAAAGAACAACUCUUUAUAAAAGACACAUUAAGGCAAAUGAAAUAUAAAGUUGUGUUACAUGAAUCAUCGUGUCAUUUGAGUUACUCUAUCAUUCACUAUGAAUACAACAACACAACCCUCCUGUUUGGAAGCAUCAUUCAAACUUAAGACCCCUUCUAGAAUCUGAGUGUGGGUACCUCAAGCUGUGGUAAAACCACCUUCGUGAAACGCUUCCUAUUACAGAAUCUAGAUCUGUUCGCUUCACCUCUGCCAAGAGUUCAUUACUGUUAUGGAUCAUAGCAAGAUAAUUUCGAUCACAUGAAAGAACAAGGAACUGCAUUUCACGAAGGAGUACCCAAUGUCGCUAAUUUAAAAUCAUGGUUUGGUGAUAAGCAAGGUGUCUUGGUCAUGGAGGAUGUAAUGUCUGAUGGUGGAAAUAAAAAAGAUGUAUUGAAUUUAUUCAUACACUAUUCAUAUCAUCACAAUGUGACGGUUCUUUACUUAUGUCAAGAUCUCUUUCCGACGGGGAAAUAUGCCAAAACGAUAUCUAGAAAUGUGCAAUACAUCAUUGCUAUAAAGAGAAUCAUAGGAAAUCGUAAAAGACUUACUACGAAAUCAAGCAAACCACAUAGAUGUAGAAAACUCAUCAGGGUGGUGUCUUACCUCUAACUGCGGUUAUUCCUUCCAUACUUGCAGCGGCUAAAACAGCUACCUUGGGAGGUGCUUCUAGUGUAGCAGGAUACGGAGUUAAGAAAGCCAUUGGUGCUAUUGAAAAUAAAGCUACGAAACGCAAGUCUUCUAAAACAGCCAAACAACUCAUGAAAGCUUACAGAGAAGGAAAGAGAUAAAACUGAGAUAUCUAGUGAAAUAGAUAUUCAUUUGGAGGAACUAUCGACAACAUAAAGAAUAUUAAGAGGAACUCAGAUUUUUUAAAAUCCAUUUUGAAAGAAAGUAAUUGACGUAAACGUAUAGAAAAUUAUUGAAUACCGAUGCAGAUCAAAUCAAUGCUGUGAGUGAACUCACCUUAAACAUGCUGAAAGGAAGAGUCCCUUUAUCACCCCCGACCAGAGCUAAAUUGAAACGAUAUAAAGCCACCUUACACGAUGUGGCCAAACGAAAACAUUCCUUAAAGAAGAGAUGA